CAGAAAAGGACAACAUGGGCUCACAACUCCAGAAACACAGGAUUCUAACUAUUUUGAUUCUAUUAGAAAUUACAGGCUGCUUUCCUGUUUUUUCAAGCAUUUAUCCAGUCCACUGCAGAUGGAAUCCAUAUGGUCCUUGGUCAGAGUGUGAUGGCUGUACUAAAACACAGAUUCGCAGGCGAAGUGUAGCAACUUAUGGACAGUUUGAAGGAAAUCCAUGCUCAGGAAAUUCAUUUGAAACUCGUGCAUGUGUUCCCACAAGAGGUUGCCCAACAGAAGAAGGAUGUGGUGACCGUUUCAGAUGUUCUUCAGGACAAUGCAUUCGCAAAUCAUUGAUGUGCAAUGGAGAUCAAGAUUGCCUGGAAGGUGGCUCUGAUGAAGAUAACUGUGAAGAAGUCAAGAAAAUAUGUGAUGAGAAGCCCCCACUUAGAUCACCUCCUAAUGUAAUGCUUACAGGAAGAGGCUUUGAUGCCCUUACUGGUGAAAUGAAAGGUGUGGUCAUUGACACUAAGAGCUUUGGUGGCCAAUGUCGGAAGGUCUUCAGCGGUGACCGGAGAGAAUAUUAUCGGCUGAGUGAAAAUGUCCUUGCUUAUACAUUUGAGGUGAAAAUUGAGAAUGAAUUCAAUACUGAAUUUUACAACAGUAGCUGGUCCUAUAUGAAAGAGACAGAGAGUCGCGCUAAUGGAAAUGAUUACCAUCACUACACAGAAGAAGAAUAUGCAAAAGACCGUUCAGAGAGUAACUAUCUUAUGGUGAUUGAAAAUUCAGUGGAAGUUGCACAGUUCCUCAAUAACCAACCCACAUUUUUAAACCUUGCGGAGUCCUUCUGGCACGAGCUUUCUAGACUGCCUUCUUUCUAUGAGUAUAAUGCAUAUCACCAACUAAUUGAACUUUAUGGAACACACUUCCUGCAUUCUGGAUCUUUGGGAGGAUAUUACAAAGCCAUUUUUCAUGUCUCUAAAAAUAAAGCUAGCUCAAGAGGGCUCAGUCUAACAGAUAUGCACAAAUGCACUACUUCUGGAUACAAUUAUUGGAUUGUAAAGAAGAAGAAAGUAGAAUGUGAAACCCUCAAUGAAAUCUUGAAGCAAUCUUCAGGAGUCCGCAACGAUCAGAUUAGAGCUGACCCAUAUGUAGAGGGAGGGGAUUCUGGAUCUGUGGCUGGCUUAAGUUUCAUAGACGUGAACAAUCCAGUGGCAAAUACCGAACGAUAUUCCCACUGGGCUCAUUCAGUGUCUCUUUUCCCUAAAGUUAUUAAAAAAAAGCUGGCACCUCUCUAUGAGUUGGUGAAGGAAGUACCAUGUGCCUCGGUCAAAAAACUGUACCUGAAAAAAGCAAUUGAAGACUAUUUGAGUGAGAAUGACCCCUGCAAGUGCAAGCCAUGUCAGAAUGGUGGUGAGCCAGCUGUGGAAGGAACUCAGUGCUUGUGUUUUUGCAAGCCGUAUACCUUUGGAGCAGCUUGUGAACUGGGAACUCUUGUACAAGAUCAGCCAGGAGUCAUUAAUGGAGGCUGGAGCUGUUGGUCUUCUUGGAGCCCAUGUACUAAUGGAAGGAAGUCCAGAAGUCGGAGUUGUAAUAAUCCUUCCCCAGGGGGUGGUGGAAAAUCUUGCAUUGGUGAAAGCUUUGAAAACCCUCAGUGUGAGGAUGAAGAGUUGCAAUAUUUUCGAACAAUAGAGCCACACUGCUUUGAUACUUCUGGAACUGUCAGAGAAUCCUGCCCAUCACCGCCUCACUUGGAAAAUGGAUAUGUUCAAGAUGCUGAUUCAUUCUAUCCUGUGGGGAAAAGCAUCCAUUAUGCUUGCACCACUGGAUACGUAAUUGUAGGAAACCCAGUUGCUACCUGUGCUGAAGGCUUGAAAUGGACCAUUGGAGAAAUCAGCUGCCAGAAAACAGCUUGUCUUUUACCAAGGUUUGAAGGAAGACUGAGAGGAAAUCCACUGAAGCCUUCCUAUCAGAUUGGAGAGAAAAUUCACCUGUCCUGCCCAAAUGACAUGCAGCUAGUAGGAUCAUCUCUUCUUCUAUGUGAACCUAGUCUGAAAUGGUCUCCUGACCUUGCUCAAAUCCACUGCCAAAACCAAGUUGUUCCUCCAGUUACACAUCCAACAGUGAUUCAGUGCCAACCAUGGGAGAGAGUUUAUCAGACUCAGUGUGUUUGUAAGUUGCCAAACGAAUGCAGCUCUUCGCUGGAUGUCUGUGCUACUGACCCCAAAACUCAGAGGAGCAUAUGGCUAACCAUUUGCAAGCUACAUGCCCUUGAAUGUAGGGGUAGGCAAUACACUUUAGUGGGCGAGGAAAACUGCAAAGCCCGUACUCUACCCGAGCAAAGUUGUGAUUCCUGUCAAUUGUGGGAGGAUUGUGAUGAGUCCACCAACACGUGCACAUGCAGAGAAGCUGGACAAUGCAGUGAAACUGGAACAAGCAUUUGUGUCAGUGUGAAUGGAAGUCCUGACCAACAGACUAUGACUGAAUGCGAGGCCGGCAUCCUUAGAUGCAGUGGAGAGAAUGUCAGUGUAAUUAGCAUAAGACCUUGUCUUAUACAACAAACUUCCCAAUAAUUAAUGUCAUUGGUAAUAGAACUGGGUAGACAAUGUGAUUAACAAUGAAGAGGCAGAAAAGUAGAGACAGUGCUAUUGAAAUUUGUAAAAUAUCUCUUUCUGUUAAAUAAUACAUGACAAGAAAGGUUUGCAGAUAUUUUAUUGGUGUAUAUUCUCUUCCCAAAUAAAAGUUGGAAAAUAAUCAGCCCACUCAAUUUUAUAUGGAUUUUAUCCAUAUUGCAGGAAUAUCACCAAAUUUAGAGCAGCCCAGUAGGAAAAAGACACUCAACAUUUUCUGAUCAGGAAUCACUUUUGGCCUCACUGAUAAGGCUAAAGGCCACAUUCCAAAAAAUAAUAGCUGAGAAAAAGAUCUUAAAACUAAUUAAGUUUUAUUUUGUUUGCAAAUUAACUGCUGUUAAUGUAAUUACUUUUAGUUAUACAGUAUUUUUAAUAAUUUCCACUUCUAUAGGCCUGAGAAUUUAAGUUGAGUACUUCUGCACUAAGGGAUAAAGGAAAUUUUGACUAGCUAACAACAACUGUAAUGAUGUUAGCAUUUGGCAGGCUAACAGUUGUGCGUAGUGGUCUGCAUUCUGUCUGGCAGAUAGUUCUGGACACCUGACGUAACCCACAUCUCUUUCAUCUUGUCUUACUAAAACAAAGAAAGAGAUGUUGGGGUUGUAGAUCUCUUUAACAAUCCUGAAAUAUUCUGGUCCGGGACUUUUUGCUUGAAAUUGAAAUCACUUUGAUUGUACGUUUUAAUGAUUAGAAUGAUUUUGUUGUUAUAGAAAUGGCUUGAAAUGUUGAGAAAUGUGAGGCUAAAGGUUGAGUUGUAAUUCUUUAUUUUUUUUUGUACUCUACUGCACUGAACAAAGUUAGAAGUUGCACCUGUUUUCUUGUUACUUUCUCUUUGCACCUCUCUCUUAACUUUCUAACUUUUCUUUUUGUAGCUUUAUCUUACAAUAAACUUUGAUAAAAAUUUUGAACAAACAAUCCUGAAAUAUUCACAGAAGUUGACUUUUCAUGUCAAUAAAUC